GUCAAAUUGUUUGUCAAUUUAUCAAAAAAGUGUAUUUAUUUUUCCCCCUGAUUUAAAUUGCUUUUGGAAGUUUAUUUGACCACUGACUUUUUUGUUUGUUUAUUAUGGGUGUUUCUUGUGGGAGGGGAGCAGUCUGUGGGGUUGUGCAGUUGGGGGGCCAAAGUGUAUAACAGAGGGUCAUCUAAAUGCCGCAGACGCGGCAUUCUGGUGCGGAGCGGUGCGAUGCUUGAGCAGGAAAUUGGGGCUUGGGAUUCAGUGCUUCUGGAGCCACUCACAGAAGACACAUUUGUAUCGAACCUCCACCUGAGGUUCAAAAGAGAUCACAUCUACACCUACAUUGGCAAUGUUUUGCUCUCUGUUAAUCCCUACAAGAAGUUAGCCCUGUACUCAGCUGAUUUAGCUGAAACUUAUUUCAAAAAAGGACCUUUUCAGUUACCUCCCCACAUAUAUGCAGUAGCUGCAUCAGCAUACAGAUGGCUAAAUGAUAGGAAUGAAGAUCAAUGCAUUAUAAUCACAGGUGAAAGUGGAGCAGGCAAGACUGAAGCAGCCAGGAUUAUUUUGCAAUUUCUGGUUUUGGUCUCCAGCUUAACUCCUGAGGUGAAACAAUUAAAAGACAGGCUGGUACAAGCCAAUACUCUUUUGGAGAGUUUUGGCAAUGCCAAGACAAUCAAGAAUGAUAAUGCUUCAAGAUUUGGGAAAUUUUUGGAUAUUGAAUUUGAUUAUAAGGGAGAUCCUAUUGGCGGGCACCUGAUGCAAUAUUUGCUAGAUAAGUCGCGAAUUACCAAUUUGGCUUCGGGUGACCGGAACUUCCACAUAUUUUAUCAGUUAUUAUCUGGAGCUGACAUACAUUUAUUAAAGGGUUUGAAGCUGCAACGGAAUGUGGAACAUUACAGUAUUUUAUACACAGUAACUAGACAAUGUACACAAAGCGAGGAAGAAGAUAGGAACCUCUAUGUAUAUACAAGAAGUGCGUUCGAUGUUCUCGGAUUUAGUGUCGAGGAAGUUGUUAAUAUUUUUAGGGUAAUCGCUGUUGUGUUGAAGUUAGGUAAUUUGGAGUUUGUGCCUUGUAAUAAUAUCGAUGGAACAGAGGGAUGUUCCAUCAAUAAUGAUUAUGAACUAUAUGAUAUUUGCGAGUUGUUGGGUGCCGAGCACAGAUGGUUGCAAAGGGCUCUGACCAGUCGUCAAAUCGACGAUGGAAUGUCAACCGAUUUGAGUUCAUGCGAAGCAACAAAGACCAGAGACACACUUUGCAGAACUAUCUACGGCCGUUUCUUCACUUGGCUCAUAAGUAAAAUCAAUGAGCUGAUUAAGGCUCGACAUCACGCAAAAAGAAAACUGUUCGGUGUUAUUGAUUUGUACGGAUUCGAGUGUUUUGAGAACAACGGUUUCGAGCAGCUGAUGAUUAAUUACUGCAACGAGAGGUUGCAACAAGUCAUCACGCUGGUCUCAUUGAAAGAGGAACAAGAAGAAAUUGUUAAAGAGGGUUUAGAAUGGACUAGAAUAGAAUUUUUUAAUAAUUUUGGAAUUUGUCAAUUAUUGGAACAUGAAAACCAUGGGAUUCUAUCGUUGCUGGAUGAACCCCAUGUCCACUGUGAUCAAACUUAUUUAACGCGUUUGGAACAGUGCUGUGCUGGUCACUCGCAUUGUUUAGCCGGUGAUCCUUCCCUGCCUCCUUACUCAUUUCAGAUACGGCAUUUCGCUGGGCCUGUUACGUACAACGCGCGAACCUUUCUGGAGAAGAACCGCGAUUAUCUACCUCGGGAGCUGUCGAGAGCCAUGUACAGGUGCGACCAUCCUCUGAUGCAAGCCCUUUUCCCGGAAGGAAACCCCAAACGUUGUACCGUAAAGAAGCCAACUUCGACGUCUACCCAACUACAAGUUGCUCUAAACGCUUUACUGAAGAGUCUGAGUUACAGACAGCCUCAUUACAUUAGAUGCCUCAAACCCAACGAGCUGAAACAGCCAAGAAUCUUUGAGUUGGCUUUAGUACAACAUCAGGUGCGAUACCUAUGUUUGAUAGCAACUGUUCAGAUCUGGCGGCAAGGGUAUUGCUAUCGUCUUCCUUACCCUCAAUUCCUAUGCCGUUACAAAAUGCUCUGUAUUAACACUUGGCCUCGUUGGCGUGGCUCUCCCAUCGAGGGCGUUUCAAUUCUUCUUCGUUCUGUGCCCAUACCCAAUGCCGAAUUCACAUUCGGCCGGACCAAAUUGUUCGUGCGCAGUCCGAGGACAGUUUUCGAACUCGAAGAUUUCCGCAAGGCUCGUCUUCACGAUCUCGCGCUUCUCAUUCAAAAAUGCUGGCGCGGCUACACACUCAGGAAUCGCUACAAGAAGAUGCAACGCAGUCAGAAAGUAAUUGCAUCGGCUUGGCGCACUUGGAGAGAACUAAAGUUGGGAAUUCCAUUUGAUGGACAGAGGCAUCUUUGGUGCCUUUAUCAUAUGGCGAGAGAAGAAUUCAGGAUAUUAAAGCACAGAAAACAAAUGGAAUGGGCUGCAAAAAUAAUACAAAGGCGUUAUAUUCAAUGGAAGCGGCGGCAAUAUUUGCUGAAACUUUUGUACGCUUUACCGGAAGACGUGUCUUCUCCAAUGUGCCGCGAGUGGCCCGCUUGUCACCCGAUACUGAUGGAAACAAAUCUUCUGCUAAGGAAGAUCCAUCAUCGGUGGAGGUGUCACAAGUAUCGCAUCAAAUUCGAUCAAACUGCACGGAAUCGAAUGAGGGAAAAGGUUACGGCCAGUUUCGUGUUCAAAGACCGCAAAUCAUCCUAUGCUCGAAGCGUAUCUCACCCAUUUUUAGGUGACUAUGUGAGACUUAGGCAGAACGUGCAAUGGAAAAAAAUCUGCGUGGAAACUAAUGACCAGUACGUGGUUUUCGCCGAUAUCGUCAACAAAAUCGCGAGAUCCAGCGGGAAAUUCGUUCCUGUCCUCUUGGUACUAUCGACACGAUCCAUGCUGAUACUGGACCAACGCACCUUGCAAAUCAAGUACCGCGUUCCGGCCACCGAGAUAUAUCGCAUGUCUCUGUCUCCGUUCUUGGACGACGUCGCCGUAGUCCACGUUAGAGCCUCAUCGCUAGCGAAUGCGGACACAGCGAGUGCAACCUCAGAAACAACGGGAUGUUUAUUUCAGAGCGAUCUGAGCAAGAAAAAGGGUGACUUCGUGUUCCAGACUGGACAUGUUAUCGAAAUCGUGACCAAACUGUUUCUGGUAGUCCAGAAUGCAGUUGGUAAAGCACCGGAAGUUAACAUAACAACAGAGUUCGAAGCGAACUUCGGCGCUCAAAUAGUAACGUUCAUAUUCAAGUGCAUGGGUCUUCCGGAAGUGCAGCCAGGCCAGAUUCGUGUGCUUCGCAAGGGGAACAAGAUGGAGGUUUUAGUGUGACGUCGUGCCAAACAUAUCUAUAAAAGCCUAACGAUAAUAAUAAUGAUAAUGAAACUAAUAAUUAUGAUCACUGCCGUUAGAACUGCACAACAUACACGUUUAUUUCAAUCGUUAUUAUUAACACAAUUACAUACGAAAACCGUUCCCCGCGCGAUCGACAGGUUGAUGGGAAUCAUUUAUUCACAGAGCGCAUCACUUUUCUAAACGCAAUAAUACUCGGAAGAGAUAAUAAGAAGCAGAUUAUUUAUUGUAAUGAAAUGAUUGUAUUUUCAAUUGUAAAUACGACAAGAACCAAGACUAGUUGAAGACGAUUUAGUGUUCGGUAUUAUUGUUACAUUUUCUUUUUCGUUUCUCAUUUAUACAAAAUGGAGUACGUAUGUGUUCGGAGUAUUUAAAAUGAAUGAA